AUGGCUGUCAACCAAAUUAUGGUCGAGGUGUUUCACGUACUGGAGCGAGACUCCCAAAAGCGAGGCCUCGACGGAACGCAGACGAGCACCAUACUCCCUAACGCAACUCCAACAUUUCCUCUUGCGCAGAGUGGUGUGUCAACGAUAAUAGAUGCCAUAUCGUCAGUACCACCGUCUCCGACAACAAUGUCAUCACCUACAAGUAGUCCUGGUACCACCGGACCCACAUCGUCUCCACUCCUGUUCUUCGUUGCAUUGGGCUUCGGCGUUGUGUUUACGAAUCUAUGGAUUAUCGUUGGAGUGAAGUAUUGUUUCCGAUACAAUGCUCGCAACCGUGCGAUACGAAAUGGCGAGGAGGUCGACCCGAUCAACCUUGAGAACAUGCCGACACGACCGCAUCGGCGAAGAAGGGAGAAGAAGUUGAUGACGAUGGAUGAGGUUAAUGAGCGGUUCCCAUUGACGAAGUACAAGAAUUGGGUUGCAUCGCGUGCGAGAGAAGGCCUUCCGACUUCUGGAGGUGUUACGGCUCCCCCGAGUCGGGCUGGGAGUAUACGAGAUGUUGACGCCGCCAUGGCAUCGUCUCCAACUGGAACGAAGCAUUCUGUCAACACAGCCAAUACUAGGCCAGGAACUGUAGCUUCGGAGGCUGCAGCCAUUACGAUUUCACCUGCUACGAAUGCUUUAGGCGGAGAUUUCAAUGAUGCAGCUGUUACUGAGAAAGGAAUUUCGUCGCCGACUCUUGAAGAGCACAAUCGAUUGGAAGAGGUUCAAACGACUGCCAGUACUGUCGACAAGCGUCGAACAAUUGCCAGCGAGAACGAUCAAUCCGAUGAUGAGGACGAUCACAUUCAUACCGCUGUUCCACCAGAGCUUCUUACCAAUCCAGGAGACUCGUGUGCCAUCUGCAUCGAUACCUUGGAGGAAAAUGAUGAUAUCAGAGGAUUGACUUGCGGUCAUGCAUUCCAUGCUGGGUGUUUAGACCCAUGGUUAACCAGUCGUCGUGCUUGCUGCCCACUCUGUAAAGCUGACUACUAUGUUCCCAAGCCACGUCUUGAUGGCGAAGCCGCUGCCACUGAUGCUGAUCGAUCUGGACGACGAAGAUCCCGGGCGAAUAUGCCCCAAUCACCAGCAUCUGCCUGGACUGGAAUCCGGGGUAGCCCUCGCCUUGUACUAUCUGGGCGAUUCAGUGGUUCGGCAAUGUAUCCUGGGGAUCAAUACGGCUAUGAUGGACGACGUGCGCGGAGAGCUCGCCGACAAGCAGCAGCAGCGGGGGCCAGCGGAGCCGCACAAGGGAAUCCUGCAACAACAGCCAACGCCGGAGCCGCUGCACAAAGAAGAUGGGUACCUAGGAUAUCAAACCCCUUCAGCAAUCUGAGCAGACCUGCCAUGCCAUCUCUCCAUCUCCCUGGCCGCGGUCGCCCUCCCCAGGAGACGCCAGCAGUGGGAGAUGCAAGCACCACCCCUUCCCAGCUCGAAGCUGGCGUUGUCCGAUGA